AAUAUUAACUUCACUACGCUUCUCUUUCUGCAAUUACUCUUGGAGAAUUUCUCCCUCUAGAAUAUUGAGUAUUGCUAACUUGAGCGUUGGAAUGUUUUCCUCGAGGAAACAUUCUCUGGAUUUUCAGGUGUUGAAGCAGUUGAAGAUCUCUACAGUGUAGGUUCGUGAAGCUGCCCAAACAUUUGGCGUCGUCUAUAGAAACCCUGAACAAAAAAUAGUGUAGCUUAACUAGCUAAAGUUACAGAUGGUACGUACUUUUAUUGGGAAUCGCCCCCCCAAGAGAUGACAUGGACAAACAGGAUAACAUCCAGUUUUUUGAACUCGGCCCGAAUGAUUUUAGACCAAUGUUGAGAAACUUCUUUGUUGGAGGAGCAGAAGAAGAACACUUGAGUGGUUUAGAAGAAGAACACUUGAGUGGUUUAGAUGACGAGAGAACACCAACUAGGGGUGAACAGCCUGCAGAAAUUGUAACUUGUAAUUCCCCAGCUUUGAGCAACACAGUAGUGUUGACCAGGCCGAGAGGAAGUGGGAGGUCAAACCACGAGCCUAGCUCAUCAAAACACAAUGAAGAGUUGGUAAGGAAGAAUGCGGAUCUCGAAAGGGACUAUAUGCAACGGUUCAACAAGACCACCUUAAACAUUGAUAAUGUCCCUGAUACCAUCUGCCUAUCUGCCUUGUUGCAUGGCCUCAAGCCUGGUCGGUUCCUAGACGACAUGUUGGAAAAUCCAUCGAAGUCGUGGAACGAAGUAAAUGACAGGUCAACGAGCUUCAUAUUGUCAGAAGACUUUCAAUUGUUCAAGCGACGAGCUGAUGAUAAACAAAAUAAGGAGCACAAACAGCCAGAAGGAAGAGAAGAAAAGAAAAAACAGAAGAUUGUUGAGUAGAGAGGAAAGCCGCCUUUUUUUCCAAAAUAUGUCAACUAUGUUCCUUUGAGCUCAUCAAGUGUUAUUACAUGAGAUGGCGAAUUUCCCUAAAUUAAUUAACCAGCUUUCUCAAGUCAAGCUAAUCCUUCAUUUGUUUGCUAAAUUAAUCAUAUCUCUAUGUAAUUUUAAACAAACUAAUGAGCAUUAAAUUCUAUGGAAACCUCUAGCUUAAGAAGGGGGAGCCACUAACUCUCUUCUCUUCCUCCACUACCACAUGUGAGCUAAUUACCUCUCGGUCUCAUAGUCUAGCACACGGUUUAUAUUAUUAUUGGUCUAAUCUACGCAAUUCUUUCUCAAGUUCAUGCAUAAAUCACUAAAUUAAUU